AUGGCCCCUAAGAAUCAUCGUGUCGAUGCCUUUUUAAAACGUAACUUACCUCCCAACGAAUACGAAACGCUAAGAAGUUUUGAACCUUGUGUUAUUGUCUCGGAUCGUGAAAAACACGUCUUUCGAUACAUCGUUCUAAGCAAUGAUAAUUUAUACCUUACUGAGAACCCUCCCAGGAAUGUUCAACUUCUCACUAAAUUGGGCGACAUAUUUUCUAUGGAAAUGAUAUACGAUUUGCCAAGUUUUUUAAGUGGAGAGGAUAGGGAAAAGUGCCAGCACAUACGAAUCCAGUAUUUUAUUGAUGACGGUAUGUUAUAUUCACAAACGCUAUCGAACCUUCCAAUGAAACUCUCGAAAGGCAUGAACCAGGCGAAUACUCGUAUGUCAAACUCUAUGCCCAAUUCAACAAUUAACGAACCUUCCCUUAGCGAUGGAAAUGAAUCUAGAAACAAAUUUGGUGGAUCUACCAAUCAACUCAGUCAUUCUCUCCUUGAACAAAGGAAGUUGCCUGAGCGUCCGAAAUUGCAAAGCAGGGAUGACUAUGCGAUAAAGUCCUCAACCGCUACCGCUUGUGUACCUAGAUCCACUGUCAGAAAGAAGACAGUGCAAAAUAAAAAUCUUGCACCAAAUUUUACAGACGCGGAAGAAAAAAUAUCCACUAACGAUUUACAGAAUUUUUAUAAUUUAAUUGACAGAAAUCAGACGGUAGUGGACAUUUAUAUAUUAUCCGAUACCUCCAAGAUGCCUAUGUACAUGCAUAGUACCUGGGAAAAUUAUAUGAUGAGGCAAACCCUAGAAAUGGAUGCAAACUAUUUAAGAAAACUUGGCACCAAUAAAAGUAGCAAACAUUUAACUGAACAACAACUGCAAUUGUUUAAUCAGUUGAAGGAAGAAAUUCUAACAUCCACAAAAUUAGAAGAAAUUUACGUGUUGUUACAAGAACUAAACACUGCUUGUAUCAGAAACUAUUCAUUGAAAAAGCUAUUUUGGAAGACGCCAGAUCUCUUCAAUUAUAUUGCAACAAGUUUAGCCGAUGUUACCUGUUCAUCGAAUAGAGAAAUUUCACAUUGGAGGCUUCCGCAAUCACGAGCUGAUACUCUGGAGGCCCAAAUGCUCCUGAAAUUGAUCAACGGAGCAGUAACUAGUACUAGCAGUAACUCUAUGAAUAGCAUCUUAAAUCUGCAAAGACCUCAUUUUUCGAGAUUGUUAGAAUAUGAAAAGUGGCAUUCUGCUGAAGAUAAUGAGAAUAUGAUCUUAGAAAAGAAUAUAACUGAUGCGGCUGCUGCUGUCAUUUUCGAGAUUGUAUUAGUAACUCAACAGAUGUUAGUUUGUUGCAAUGUCAAAUUCAGUAAAUACUUUUCACAGAUGAAAUACUGGGGCGACGUUAUUCCUUUGAUGAAUAUAUGGUGGCUCAUCAACUUCCUGGAAUCUAAGCAAGAAAAAAGCGAAAACUUUAUAAAACGAAUAACCGAUGCGGCUCUUGAGAAAUUAUCUAACACUGGUAAUGAAUUCCUAUCUCCUCUGGAAAUAGCUCAACUGUAUCAGAAGUUCACCAUCUUGAGCACACUCAUCCAAAAUAGCAAAAAAUUUGCUGAGUAUAUUAAAUGCAACUAUGCCGAAGAAUUCAAAUACUUCGUCCAGACACCUCUAUUACAACAAAAGCUGUUAGGCAAAUACCCUUUAUCUGUACCAACUUACAAACUCAUUAAUACCAUUAUGGAGUUUGUCGUAGGAUGA